AUGGAGUUUACUAGCAUAGUACUGCCUCUAACUAAGAAUAUGUGCCGAACAUGUCUUGCUGAAUCUGAUUCUACGUUAUUCAUGAGCGUUCAAGAUUUAAUAGAUCAUGAAAUAUACAAAAUCAAACUUAUUGAUAUAUUGAUUUUUUUAAAUUGUGUAGAGAACAAUGAUGAAGAUAACUGGCCGCAAGGGAUGUGUACAUCAUGUGUUAAUACAGCUUUACUUUCAUACAAUUUCAAAAUUAACUGUUUAAAAACGAAUUUAACGUUGUCUCAAAUAUCUACCGUUCAGUCUUCAUCUACAACUUUGCAGCGUUCUGACGUAGAUACCAUUGACAUAAAUGUUGUUUAUCAAGAUCACGAAUAUGAUACACCACUUUUUAGUAAUCACACAGUUCUUGAUUUUGAACCGCAUGUACCUGUGAACAAAGAAUUGACACCUUUGCCUCCUGUUAGUGAAAUAACGUCUACUGAGCGUCCACCAAGAAAAGAAGGAUUUGCUACUUCAUCUGGCUUAAAAAUACACAAGGAAUCUCAUACAAAUACGGAAGUUUGCUGCAACAUCUGUAAUAAAAAUUUUGUCAACAGAAGAGUCUUACAAAAACACAUGAAAGUUCAUGAUAUUAAUAAUGUUAAUGAUGAUAUAAUUUUAGAAACUGUGGUGGACUUUUUCAAUGAAUGA